UUAAAAAUGGCGUUUGCGGGCUUCCUAUCGGAGCAACGUUGUUUAUAUAGGCCGGUUAUUUAAAAAAAAAUGGUUGCCUGGAUAAUCCAGUAAACAACUCAAAAGUAAAUUUUAAGAACAUUGUUUGGUUAUGACAUUUAGUUUACUAACUCUAGCGUCGGUAGUUCAAUACAAAUUACUUGUACAAGUAAUUGCUCAAAAUUCUACUUCAAGAACGUAAUAUGUAAAUUAUCAAUGGAUGUAGUCAUUGAUACUGCCAAAAAUGGAUUCUAUACCAAUGUACGAUGAUGACAAUGAAUGUGGAGAUCAGUGCUUUACAGAAAACACUGAUGAUUUAGAUUAUGAAUAUCCACCUGAACAAGAAACUCUAGUUGAGCUUUACAACUACUGUAUUUCACCCACUUUAUACGACACUUUUUGGUAUUUAGUCCCACUUAUUGUUGCAUCAUCAAUUUGUAAUAUAGCUGCUAGAAUUAGUCACAUUCCUCAUAAAGUAUUUCACUGUAUAACAGCUUCAACGGGCAUUUAUCUAGUUUGGCAUUAUGCGUACGAAUGCUUUUAUUUGCUUAUAUUAUUUAUUUUACUUUUCUAUCUCUAUCUACAUUUGCCAAAGGAUCUACGUAGAGGAACAAAAGUCUUCAUUCCAAGUCUUGUAUUAAUUUUAUUCUGUGAAUUUUUUAUGAAACCAAAAGAAUGGAACAAAGUUCGUGGUGUUAUAAUGAUAGCUGUGAUGAAAGCCUCUAGCGUUGCUGUAGAUAAAUCAGAAUUGGAUACUCCUACAAAUUUUUAUGAAUAUGCUGGAUACAUGUUCUGCAGUGUAACAGUAUUAUUUGGUCCAUGGACAACUUUUGAAAAUUAUGUAAAUCUGUACAACAAAACAAAAUGGAAAUUUUGGUGGAUUUUUGUAGCAGUGGGUUAUAUGUUGGUGGCAUUUGUCUGUCUAUGUGUAUCAAAUUGCUGGACAAAUUGGAUUUUAAGUGAUUCAGGUGGAAGAUGGAUGGUGGCUUUUAGAGAUGCUUUAGGAUUUAGAACAUCGCAUUAUUUUAUUUGUUUCAUAGCAUCUUCAAUAAUGUUGACUGGAGGAUUUCCAUUAUCUCAAACAGUGAUCACCAAGCCUUUAGAAAUAGAAGUGCCUCGAUCACUUGUACAAGUUGUAAUAAGCUGGAAUAUUCCAAUGCACAAUUGGCUGAAAACAUAUGUAUUUCGUCCUGGAUGCAAGCAGCUUGGGAGAUUUGGAGCAAUAAUAAUGACUUAUGUGGCAAGUUCUUUAUUGCAUGGAUUAAAUUUUCAGCUUGCAGCUGUUCUUCUUAGUUUGGGUUUCUAUACUUACAUUGAGUACCAACUAAGAAAAUUACUAGCCAAUGUUUUUGAUGCUUGUAUUGCUUCAAAGCAAUGUUCUUUGCACAAAUGCGAACAUUCAAGGACUUCCAUGAAUUGUUACUGGGUCACUUUAGUGAAUGCUACCUUUGGUUGUUUAACCAUGUUUCACUUAUCCUAUUUGGGCCUCAUGUUUGACACAUCAGAUACUCAAGAAACUGGUUACAGUUACAGCCAUACUAUUGAGAAAUGGUCACAACUUGGAUUUGCUAGUCAUUGGGUUGCUUUUGCUACUUAUUGUGCUUAUUACUUGAUAAGGUGACACAAUUAAUAUUUUUAUAUUUAUUCUAUAAAGUACAAUCAUUUACUUCUAAGUAAUGCAAUAGUCGACACAAUCUGUAUUCACUGUAGAUUUCAUAAUAUUUAAAGAAAAAUAAAUUUUGUAUCAAAUUUCUAAAAAAAA